UUCCAGCGAUGAGAUUGGACUGUUGUUAUCUGCAACCACGAUCGCCACUAUAUUUCUAGCAUGUAUGUAAAGCCAUUUCCGCGGGGCUAUUCAUUUCGCUCUGCUCUUUCCAACUGAAAUUUUGUUCUCCACUUCACAGGACCAAAAUUAUCAACAAAAUAGGCACCAACAGAACCGAAAAUGAAUGAUGCCGAUGUUUCGAAGCAAAUACAGCAGAUGGUCAGAUUCAUCCGGCAAGAAGCCGAAGAAAAAGCCAAUGAGAUCUCUGUAUCUGCUGAGGAGGAAUUCAACAUUGAAAAGCUGCAAUUAGUUGAAGCAGAAAAGAAAAAGAUCAGGCAGGAGUACGAGCGUAAAACCAAGCAGGUUGAAGUUCGCAGGAAAAUCGAGUAUUCUAUGCAGCUAAAUGCUUCUCGUAUCAAGUUUCUCCAAGCUCAAGACGAUGUUGUCAAUGCCAUGAAAGAGUCUGCUAGCAAGGAACUCCUGCGCGUGUCUGAAGACAAGAAUGCCUAUAAGAGACUUCUCAAGGGGUUGAUUGUGCAGAGUCUGCUAAAGUUGCAAGAGCCAUCAGUGUUGCUGCGGUGUAGGGAGAUGGAUGUUUCACUGGUGAAAUCGGUGGUGGAAGACGCUAAGAGGGAGUACAUUGAGAAAGACAAAACGCGUCGCACCCCUAACAUUACUCUCGACAGUGUCUAUCUUCCCCCUCCUCCAAGUGGUGCAAAUGUCCAUGGUCCCUCUUGGUAAGAUCUCUUUCUGCAACUUGUUUCAGGUUGUAGUUUCGU